CCGUGUCGUCCCCCUCCCCUCGCGCCCCUUUAAAGCGGCGCCGCGCUGGGCCGGCGGGAGCAGAGCAUGGGGCCGGCGGCGCUGAUCGCCCUGCUGGGCGCCGCCGUGGCGGGUGUCAACGCAGUUCCAGUAGAAAAAGACCAUAUUGAAGAACUGGUAACACAGUGCAUUGUGGAAGUUCUUUCCAAUGCUCUGUCUAAGCCAAAUGCACCACCAAUUAAUCCUGAAUGCAAAGAAAUCCUGAGGAAGAGUGGCAGAAAGGACAGAGAGAGAGGUGAAAACGAACAACUUGAAGUGAGGCAUUUGAAAGACUCAGCAGAGACUGAAAAACAUCGUACUGGGAAUGUGGAAAAAGAACAAAGUCAGACAGAAGAAGAAUCUAAAAAGUAUGUGAAAGGAAAUGAUGAGGAGAAACUUGCUCACAAGGAAGAUAAAAGCAAGGAAGAGAAGGAAGGACACCACACCCCUAUUCAAGAAGAGGGACUUCAUACAGAAGAAAAUAAACACUAUGAGGGAAACAGAAGAGAGAAGGAGAAGAGCUACCACAGUGAAGAAGAGAACAAAGAGAGCAAGAGUCAUGAUGAAGAGGUAGAGCAUGCCAUUCUCGACAAGAAGUCCCACUUUGGAGGCACAAGCACAGACAGGAAUGAUCAGCGCCCCUUGAGCCACUGGCACUCAGAGGAGGGAAUGCAGAGCCCUAACAAAAGAAUUCAUGAAGGUGAAGAGGGAGAGGCAGAAGAAGAAAGAAGUGAAAAAUACCACCAUGAGUCUAAGGAACGUGAUUUCUCCCAUCAGCGAGAGCAUGAAGGAUCUGAUGAGAGUGAAGAAACAGAGGAGGAAAAACAAUCCUACAAACCUGAACGUUAUCAUGGGAAGCACAAAACGCAUGACUCCUCCGAAGAAAAGAGGGGCCGUGGUGGUGAGAAAGAGGAACUGGCUGAGCAACCAGACACAGAGGAGGCACAUCUCUGGGACAAAUGGAACCAUCAGAAACAUCACGAAGAGUCUGAGCAGCAGCGUGAGGAGAAAAGAGGUUAUCGUGGGAGGCACGGGCCUGAAGAGGUGGAGGACAAGAGGUCUGCAGGCCAGGGAAAUGAGGAGUACAGAGCAAGGUGGCAGCAGAGUGAAGAGAGCAGUGAAGAAGAUGACAAGAGGCAUCGCCACAGUGAAGAAAGUGAUGAGAAAUGGCGUAAGGAGAGGAGGCACCAUGAUGGAUCAAGCGAGGUGAGGAGGCACCUUUCUGAGGGAAGGGCAUAUCUUGGAGAUGAAAGUGAGGAGGAGCUGGACAGGUAUCUCAGUGGUGCCAGCAAGGAGAAGCAGCAUCAUGCUGGAGGGAGACACCGCUUGUGGGACAGUGAAGAUGAAGGGUCACAGAGAGGGUACGCUCGAGAGCGCAAAGGGCAGUCUAGAAGACACUACAGCACCGAGGACAGUGUAGAGCAGCAGUGGUACCCCGGCAACAGUGAAGAGGAGGAGGAGGUAGAAAGAAAGCAUCACAGCAGUGAUCAGGUGGAAAAUGAAGAGGAGACUAUGGAGGAGGGAAGAUACACAGAGAACGAAGAGUACAACAGCCAUCUCCCUUCAGAGAAUGAGAAGAGAAGCACAGCAUCCUACAGCCCUUUCUACCCAUUGCUGUGGUGGAAAAGCCAGCACUUUGAGAAGAGGGACAGUGCAGGAAAGCAGCUUCUGGAGGGCAAAGAGGAAGGCAGGCCCACCCUGAACGAGAAGAAUCUUUUCCCUGAAUAUAAUGACUAUGACUGGUGGGAGAAAAAGCAAAUCCUAAGCGCUCUGAACCACGGACGCACCAAGAAGAGGAAUCUUGGCAAAAUGAACAGAUAUGAUUUGAAAAGGCAAUACAACAAGAUGGAUCAACUCUCACAGCUUCUAAAUUACAGGAAGAAAUCAGCUGAAUUCCCAGAGCUGUACAAUUCUGGAGAAGACAUGAAAAAACAUCACAUAUUCAGGAAUGAUAGAGGAAGUGUGAGCCAGAGGCCUCUGACGGAAGAGGAGGAAAAAGAGCUGGAAAACCUGGCUGCUAUGGAUUUGGAGUUGCAGAAAAUUGCUGAAAGGUUUAAUGACAACAGGAGAGGCUGAAGAUGAUCUGCUUUGACAUUCCAAAGCUAGGUGUAGCUGUCCUCACAAUACCUGUAUUUGUGGUAAAUUCACUGCCACUGGAUUGUUGUUUGCCCUAAAACCAGGAAAUUCUAUUUACUGUCCACUAUAGCGUAGUGAUUUAUACAGCUGAAAAUGUCUUUAAUUUGCUAUUAUGCUAUUGAGAUCUGAAUAGCAUGAAUUUUAGUAUUAUAAUCUUUCAUGCAAGGCAGAUAUUUUUAAUAUGCUUGUGAAAAUAAUUGUGUUAGUGUUCUUCAGAAAUAUAUCUGUCUGAGUUUGAAAUAAUAAAAACCAUUGAUCUUGGACCAAA